CUUUACAAUAAAAGCCCGACAUAUUUUCAAGGCAUUUGCUGGAUUUAUGGAACUCUUAAUUCUGUAUAUAACAUGUUAAGUGUUACUAGUUUGCUUCCAGGCACGUCUCUUCCAUGCUGUACCUUAUCCUUAAGGCAACAUGGCUGAUAUAGUGAGCAGAAUUGUUGGUGAGGACGAUGGAGGGAAACUUUUUACUCCUGACGAAUACGAAGAAUACAAAAGAAAAGUUUUACCUACGCGCUUACAAAACAGGUUGUUUGUGAGCUGGCGGUCCCCAACAGGAAUGGAUUGCAAACUUGUUGGCCCAGAGACACUGUGUUUUUGUACACAUAGGUAUAAACAACAUAAAACUGACUUUGAAACGAUUCCGCAGCAGCGCCCCAUUGCCCUGCCUUGCCGUGUGACUGGCUGCCCAUGCAGGGCUUACCAUUAUGUCCCUCUGAAUGGUGCCCAGCCCAUUCGCUGCAGGUGCAAACACUUUGCAGACCAGCAUAGUGCCGCAUCUGGCUUUGCAUGUAACACAUGUUCCAAGUGUUCAGGCUUCCAUAGCUGCUUCACUUGUGCUUGUGGUCAGUCUGCACAUGCCCAUGAUACCGUGGUGGAAACAAAGCAAGAAAGACUGGCUCAGGGAAAACCAGUGGGACAAGAUGUUUCUUAUGCAGCGAUGGGAGGGCUUACUGGUUUCAGCUCCCUGGCUGAGGGCUACAUGCGAUUGGACGGCAGUGGGGUCGGUGCACCUUCAGUUGAAGCUUUAGACUCUCCAGUUAUGUCCAUGGAUCACCCAUUUCUAAAAGCAUUUCAAACAUCAUCUACAUCUCCAGAAACACUGACAGAUGUUCUCUCUAGGGGAUGUAAUCCGGAGAUGAUCACAGCAGGUACAAGUACCCAAGUUUCUUCCUUAAGGAGACCAGAAGAGGAUGAUACGGCUUUCUUUGGAAGACGAUACCAGGACAGGAUAAAAAUGGAAAAGGCUGCUAAGCACAAAGGAAAAGCUCAAUUGCCAUCAACUACAAAGCCUUCAUGAAGUCUCUUGGACAAUCAAAGCCAUCAUCUAAAUAUAUCUUUUUCUGUGCUUAUUUAAAUGUAAUAAUAGAGUUUAUUUUCUCUGUUACUUUUUAAAAUGUGUAAGUAUGUAUUUUGGGAUGUUUUCUUAAUUUAUUGAAGUAAGUGAAUUAUAUUAUUUUUGACAAAAUUCAUGAUUUAUCACUUUAUAUGUGCAUUUUUCUCUUUCUUAACAAGUGAUAUUGUAUUAGUCAAACCUUUAAAGUACAGUAUUUUUAGCCUAUUAUAAUUUAAAUGUUUUCAGGUUAUUUAAAAAAAUUAGGGCUUGGGGAUGUAGCUCAGUGGUGCUAUGCUUGCCUGGUAAGCGAAAGGGCUUGAAUUUGAUUCCUGGUACCAGAAAAAAAAAAUUAAAGACAUGGAAGCCAAUAUAUAAAUGCUCCCUCUUCCAUCAGAAUUGACUAGGCAGUUCUGAGAUGUAUUAAACCUCCUCAGAAAAUCCUGUGGGAUUGAGCACUAGUCACCCAUAGAAGCGGGCAACCCAACAAUAUAUUCUUAUAUUAGCUUUCUCUCUUUUACUCCCUCAUCCUUACUUCUAGCUCCCUCAGAUCACUUCCAAAAUGAUUUAGCUAUAUGUGAACAUUUGUCUUAGGUUUUUUUUUUGUUUUUUGAGUAUGGGGUAAACUCAGUACCAAGAAUGGCCUUAUAAUACACUCAGGAUGGGAUUCUGUGACUGGAUCACUUACUGCAGUGGUUUGGAUGAAAUGUAAGUGGAAUCUGGAGUGUUAGGUUAUGCUGUAGCUGUUAUGCAGUGGCUGUGUUACUGGAGUGGAAUGUGACUAAUGGGAAUUUUAAGGCUGGUUAGCUACAGUUAACUGCUUUGGAAACCUUGUACAAAGAAAAUGACAUAAACUUAUGUUAACCACUUAGUGGCAGCCAUGCUUUGAAAGCCAUAGUCUCUCAAUAGCAUCCUUUAAGGAAAAUCUAAUCUCCCAAAGAUAUAGGGCAGAUUGUGGUGAUCAGAUCUAAAUUUAGUAGUAAAGAUAGCAAGGCUGCAAAGGAAAUAGAAAGCACAGUUUCAAUAGUCUCCUCCAACAAAGUCUGACAGAAAAAGAAUGGAACCCUCAAUUACAGGAUGAGGACAUUUGUGUUGGGGAGCCUGAGAAUCUUGAACCCUUAGGUUGUCCAGAACCUCUGGGCUAGUGGAAACAGCAUUAUCCAGUUUGGUAGGGAGCACAGCCUGCCCUGGCCUUGACAUUUUGCAGAGGCUUUAUCUGAGAUAGUUGUGUCAUGAAGUGACUUGACCUCCUUAAGACCUACCCCUGUGACUUCUCAUUGACUCCAAACUGUUUACUAGGUUUAGGUCUCAGCAUACUCCAGGGGAGAAAUACAGUCCUUUCUUGAGGAGGGUAGAUUACACUCUGAACUGCAGACUAUGGUCAAAGUGUACUGACUAGAACCCAGGAAGUAUGUCUGGGAGUAGCUCUUGAGGGUGUUGGAUCAAUGAGUAGGGUGAGGGAAGAAUGCAGAGCUUGAUAGGAGAGAGUGAUAUUUGAGCAAGCUCUGGCACAGAUGUCUGGAGUUGAUCCUAACAGACUUCAAGGAUGGUGUAUUGAAGAUACAGUGCACAUGCCAGAAAUUAUUUGGCAUAGUAUUGAGGAAUGGUUCAGAAGGCUCAGGGAUGUGAGAAUGUUAGAAUGGAUUUGUUGUUUGAAACCAGAGGAGCUAGCAUCUGAAUUUUCCCUGGGAAGACCUAGAUGAUACUCAUAACUAAGGCAAUCAGACAUGUAAUUAUUGAGAGUAUACGAGAAACUUUGAGAAGAAACUUUGAGAAGACAACUAGAAUUGAUAAAAGAUGAUGCCAUUAUACUGGAUUCUGUGGUGUCAACAGAUGUAGAUAGAUUGGAAUGCAGAAAGCUUGAAGGACAAAUUGUGGAACUUGACUGUCAGAGGCCCAUAAUUAACUUAUGGGCACCAAAGUAUGAGUUGGGAUAAAUUUAACUUCAUAAUGUUCCAAGGUGCAAGAUAGAAGGACAGCUGAUUAAGAUAAGUUGUGUAAAGUUGUGAAACUGCCUUUACCUCACCUCUCUGAUAAACCUGAGAAUUGGCAAGCAGAAGGCUGACAUCAUGGUAAUGAAAACUGUAGUUCUCACCUGGUUUCCAGAUUCAAGGCAGUUCAGAGCUAUAGCUCAAGAUGGAGAGAGAGCCCUGAUUCUUUCAGGAAUAUCCUCAGAUGUAUUUGAUAAAUAUCCCUUGAUCCUUUCUCACAGAGGCAGUCAUUUACCAUGUUAUCAAGGUAACUAUGCAGGGGAUUAAGAGAAAUACUCAGAAUUUUCAGCCAUGAGUACCAAGUCUUCACUGACAUGGAUUCCAAAGGAUAGAAAACACCAUUGUGGUCCACUGGUUAGAGUAAAGUUUGUGCACAUGUGUGUGAUUUGUUUUGUUUUAGACAAAGCUCUUGCUAUAUUUCCCAGGUUAGUUUCAAACUCCAGGGCUCAAGUAAUCCACCUACCUUAGCCUCCUUACAGUAGUAGUUGGGGCUGCAAGUAUAUACCAUCACGCCCGAUUUACAAUAAGAUUUUAUGGAAACCCCGUAACAAAUUGAGUCUUAGCCAGUCUAGCUCACAAUGGGUAAAAUGGGUCUGCCUCCACUUUGUUUAUUUCUGCAGUCUCUCUCUAUACAUAUAAUUGGAGAAGACAUACAGUAGUUUGAAGCUGAUAGAAUCCCUGGACCUAUACUGGUAGCCUUUGCUUUUUGUCCCAGGGCUUCUCAGAUAGAGCAGGACAGUGUUAUUGACCAAUGGAUCACAUAGUAUAAAGUCUGUAUGGAUAUAGAAGACUUGAACAACAUUAUUAAUCAACUUGAUCUAAUUGACAUUUAUAGAGCACUCAAGCCAGUAACAGAAUAUAUCUAUUUUUAAUACAAAUGGAACAUUUAGUAAGACUGAUCACAUAGAUCACAAGAUAAGUUUCAGUGGUUUUUAAGAUGAUUAAGAUCAUAAAGUAUGUCCUCUUGAGCACAAAAUUAAAUUAGAUGAGAUCAGGUGCGUUCAGAGUGGUAUGGCUGUAGACCACAAAAUUAAAUUAGAAACCAACAACAAAGAUCUCUGGAAGAUCUCCAAAUAUUUGACAAUUAUAUAACACAUGUCUAAAUACUGUGGGCCAAAGAAAACAAUUAACAGGGUAAUAGUAUUUUUAACUGAAUGAGUGUGAAAACAGUAAUAUUUGUGGGAUGCAGUUACAGCAGUACCUAGAGGGAAUUUAUAGCACAAAAUGCUUUACAUUAGUAAAGAAGAAAUAUCUUAAAUCAGUGAGCUCACCAUUUACCUUAUGGAGAUAGAAAAAGAAGAGCAAAUAAAAAUGAAAGUAUAUAGGAAAUAAGGAAUAAGAAAAAAUCAGCGUGAGUUGAAAUAAAAACAACAAAAUUAAUAAAACUAAAGCUUUGGUUUUGAAAUCAAUGAAACUGACAAACCUGUAGCCUGAUUGAUCAGUGAGAGAGAAAUGACACAAAUUACCAAUGUUAGGAAUGAGAGUGGUGACAGCACUGUAGGCUCUACAGGUAUUAAAAGGCUACUAGGGGAAUAGUAUAAUUUUAUGCCAAUUAUUUUGAUAAUGUAGAUGAAAGGGACAAAUUUCUUGAAAAACAUGGAGUUGUAAAUAAUAAAUAAGUCCCCCUCCUGGGAUCUUUGAGUCAUUCUGAUAUGGCCACAUAAAUUACAGAGAAAUAGAUGAAAUUAAAGGAUUUAUUAUGCUAUAUGUCCUAGAGAAGGGAGACAAGGCAUAUCACAUGGUGCUAUGUGGGGGAGCAGGUACCAGGAGAGCAGGCUGAGUGAAGCAGGCGGUGAGCUCAGAGAAAGUGAAGAGUUUGGUGAUUACUCUUGACUGUCAACCUGCUUGGGUAAAAGACUCCUGGAAGAUUAGUAAAACACCCUUCUGCGUGUAACAGGGUGUGUCUGUAAGGUGUUCCCAGAGAAGACUGGCAUGUGGGCCAGCGAAUUGAGGGCAGAAAACCUUCCCUGAAUAUGAGUGGUAUCAUUCAAUACAAUAUGAGCCUGGUGGAACAAAAGCAGGAAGAGGAAACCAGCUAGUGCUUGCAAGUUUGAUUCUGCUUGAGCAUGUGUGUCUCUUGCUGCUGCCAUUACCUGGAAAUAGCCAACUCCAGCUUCUUCAGUCUUUCAAAGUGGACUCACAUCAGUGAAUCUCCAGGAAGCUUGCAGGCCUUCAGCCUUGAGGGUCGCACCAUUGGUCCAUCUUGUUCUGAGGCUUCUAACUUCUUGAACUGUAUAGCUACUGGGUUCUCUGGCUGGCCAGUGUGCAGAUGACAAUUGUGGGACUAUCCAGCUUCUGAACCUGUAAACCAGUCUAAUAAAUCCCUUUUUGUAAUGACGUGUA